UCAUUGUAAGUAAGAAUUUGUUCUUAACUGACUUGCCUAGUUAAAGGAAGGUUAAAUAAAAAAUAUAAAUAUUUGUAACAUAUGCUUGUUUUCCUUAUACUCCAGGAUUUUGUGAGUGUUUUUAUUUUGCACACUUAUGUAGACAUUGCUCCAGCCACAUCCGUUCAACGUGUUUAAUGCUUGAGGCCUAUAUGUGAAGCUUAAUAGAGCACUGAUAUUAGCAAGAGCAGUGUGCAGGUUUCCUAUUUCUCUCAUCUUUUUAAGAAUAUAGAAAAUGGAUUGGUCAACUUUUGAUAGCCAAGUUUAAAUACUUGUGUUUUUUAAGCAGCAAAAUGCGGAUUUCUCCUGAAAAAUUGCAACGCUAAUGUGGAUUUUACUAUUUCAUGUAUUAUGUUUUAUAUUUGAAAAAACAUCCACUUUUGAUGAACUACGCCGAUUACUUUCACAGAAUAUGUGUGAAUUGCUGGUCGCUGGCAGACCAUUUGCAAAUUUGAAAUGCCCAUUCCUCUUUUAUGAAGUAACAUGAUUGGUGGGAUGAGGUAAUAGGCUGAUUUCUCAUGGGAAAAAAUGCAAUGCUAAUCUGGAUUUUACUGUGUAAUUUCACUAAAGUAUAUAAAUCCAUGUUCACAGCAGUUAUAGUGACUGUUGUGAAAUUAUUCACACCCUUGCAAAAGUUUUCACAUUUUGUUUCCUUAUUUUUAACAUUAUUCUUCACAAGCUACUUUUAUUCACAGAGAUGUCUUGAAUUAAUAAUUAUUCACACCUCUUGAUCUGGCGCACCUAAAUGAGUUGCAUAAAUUUGCUUAACAAGUUGCAGAUUAAGUUGAUAAGUGUCCACCGCUGCACAUUAAUAGUGGUUUAUGACCUGUCAAUAAAAUGUAUAUAUUUUUCUUUCUAUUCAGAAAACAACUGCAUCAACUAAGUCCAAAAUGAAGACACAGAAACUGACAGCUACAUUUUUUACCAUGGUGUUUUUAUGCUGGAAUAUCCAUGGAGUUCCGACCACAACUGCAGUUAACACAACUGAAGCUCCUACGACAACUGCAGCUCCUACGACAACUGCAGCUCCUACGACAACAACUGUAGCUCCUAUAACAAUAACUGCAGCUCCUACUACAACAACUGUAGCUCCUAUGACAAUAACUGUAGCUCCUACUACAACUGUAGCUCUUACAACCACUACAACUGCAGCACCUACUUCAACAACUACAACUGAAGCUCCUACGAUAACCACAACUGCAGCACCUGCUACGACAACUACAACUGAAGCUGCUACGACAACCACAACUUCAGCGCCUACAACGACAACUACAACGACAACUACAACACCUACUACGACAACUACAACACCAACUACGACAACCACAACACCUACUACGACAACCACAGCUGUAUCUCAUACGACAACAUCUGUAGCUCCUAUGACGACUACAACUGCAGCACCUACUUCAACAACCACUGCAGCUCUUACAACCACUACAUAUGCAGUUCCUACAACAACGACAACUGAAGCUCCUACGACAACCACAACCACAGCUCCAAAUACAAUAUCUGUAGCUCCUACGUCCACUACAACAGCAGCACCUACUACAACAACUACAAAUGCAGCUCCUACGACAACCACAACUGCAGCUCCUACUACAACUUUAGAUCCCACGACCAUUACAACAGAAGCACCCACUACGACCACUACAAACGCAGCUCUUACGACAACCGCAACUGAUACUCCUACUACAACUUUAGAUACUACGACCACUACAACAGCAGCACCUACAACGACAACUGUAGCUCCUACGACAACCACAACUGUAGCUCCAAGUACAACUGUAGCUCCUACCACCACAACUACACCACCUACUUCAACAACUACAACUGAAGCUCCUACGAUAACCACAACUGCAGCACCUGCUACGACAACUACAACUGAAGCUGCUACGACAACCACAACUUCAGUGCCUACUACGACAACUACAACACCUACUACAACACCUACUACGACAACUACAACACCUACUACGACAACUACAACACCUACUAUGACAACCACAACUGUAGCUCCUACGACAUCAUCUGUAGCUCCUUUGACCACUACAACUGCAGCACCUACUUCAACAACCACUGCAGCUCUUACAACCACUACAUCAGCAGCACCUACUUCGACAACUACAAAUGCAGUUCCUACAACAACGACAACUGAAGCUCCUACGACAACCACAACUGCAGCUCCAACUACAAUAUCUGUAGCUCCUACGUCCACUACAACAGCAGGAUCUACUACAACAACUACAAAUGCAGCUCCUACGACAACCACAACUGCAGCUCUUACUACAACUUUAGAUCCCACGACCAUUACAACAGAAGCACCCACGACGACCAUUACAAACACAGCUCCUACGACAACCGCAACUGAUACUCCUACUAAAACUUUAGAUACUACGACCACUACAACAGCAGCACCUACAACGACAACUGUAGCUCCUACGACAACCACAACUGUAGCUCCAAGUACAACUGUAGCUCCUACCACCACAACUACACCACCUACUUCAACAACUACAACUGAAGCUCCUACGAUAACCACAACUGCAGCACCUGCUACGACAACUACAACUGAAGCUGCUACGACAACCACA